AUGGGUUUCAACGAGCAUUCCCGGGUGCCCCUUACGGCGCCCGAGGCAGAGCACGGCGUUGCUCCUGCAAAGCUUGAGGUUCACGACGUCGAAGCAUGCACCGUCGCUCCGAAAACCGGCCGAACAACGUCCCAGAAGCGACUGCUUGCAGCAUGUGGUAUUGCCCUCAUAUACUCGCUCUGGACAGUCUCCCUCCGUGGCCUACAUGCCCGGUCAUGGGCUUCUCAGGACGACAAAUGGUCCGAAUCUGCUGCUCAUCCACAUAGGUCGGGCAGGUGGUUGUCCCAUGAGCAGAUCGAGAAGGUCUUCCUUGGAGUGCCGAAUGAACAGAGUGCAAUCCUUGCUUCGCGAUUGUUUGCUUCCAAGCCGCAUAUGGCCGGAACCGAUGGCGAUCUGACCACGGCCAAGCUGUUCUAUACUGUGUUGGAGAAGGAACUCGGUGCUCUCCCGCCCGCAGGCUUCUUACCGGGCGAAGCGCCUCUUUUGGAGGCGGGAUCUCCGGAAUCGCGCGAUGCUACUUUGUCCAUCACGACAGAAUCCUUCGGCGACGCUCCCCGAGCUUGGAUCGACACAUACUACCCGGUCAUGAACACCCCAAUGGAUCGUUCCUUGGAUAUCCUCGGAGAUGACGGAGAGGCUGUUUGGUCCGCCAAUGUCGAGGAAGUUGCCGACUUCACUGAUCCCGAGGCCGGGGAGCACGUUACCAGCGUGCCCGCAUUUCAUGGUCUCAGCGGCAACGGCACCGCGAUAGGGCAACUCGUGUACGCAGGUUACGGUACCAAAGAGGAGUACGAUAGGUUGGAGGCCGAAGGGGUCAACUUCACAGGGAAGGUCGUGAUUACGAGAUACGGAGGCAUCUUCCGCGGUUUGAAGGUCAAGGGUGCCGAAGAUCGUGGUGCUGCUGGCGUUUUGAUUUACAGCGACGUCAACGAUGACGGGACCGUUACCGAGAAGAACGGCUAUACACCGUAUCCGAAUGGACCUGCCAGGAACCCGACAUCCGUGCAAAGAGGAUCCGUUCAGUACCUCUCGGUCUACCCAGGAGACCCCACUACUCCGGGAUACCCGGCAUACCAAAACUCGACCCGUACAAAUGGCGACAACAUCCCAACCAUACCUAGUCUCCCAAUCAGCUGGGCCAACGCUCAAUUUCUCCUUCGAGAGAUCGAGGCGGGUGGUGCCAACCGUACCAUCAAGUUGGUUAAUCAUGUCGAUGAGAGGGUCAUCAAGAUCUGGAAUACCAUGGGCGUGAUCCCCGGCCAUAUCAGGGAUGAAGUAGUCGUCAUUGGGAACCAUCGUGAUGCUUGGGUCAUGGGGGCUGCGGAUCCGUCUUCGGGAACUGCUUCAGUGCACGAGGUGCUUCGUGGUUUCGGUGUUCUACUUAAGGCUGGAUGGAGGCCACUUCGCACGAUUGUGAUCGCUAGCUGGGAUGCCGAAGAGUAUGGCCUGAUCGGAAGUACCGAAUGGGGAGAAGACUUCGCAGACUGGAUUGACAAGCACGUUGUGUCCUACUUGAAUCUCGAUGGUUCCGUGUCCGGAUCUCGCUUUCGGGCCAGCGCCUCGCCAUCUCUGGCUCAUAUGGUGCGCCAGGCCGCCGAAAAGGUACCUCACCCCACGAAGGAGAACAAAUCAUUGUGGGAUGCACGGAAUGAUCACGGUACAUUGUAUGGCAACGCUAGCUCGACAUCAGAUGUUGGCCAGGAGGUCAUCGACAUGUUCGAAAUGCAGCAUGCCGCGGCUACUGACAGCGUUGGCGUUGGUCCCCUCGGAAGCGGCUCCGACUUCACCGUUUUCCUCCAAAGAAUCGGGAUUGCAAGCAGCAAUGGUGGAUUUGGCGCGACCUUGCAAGAUCCUGUCUACCACUACCACUCGGUGUACGACUCCGUGAGAUGGCAAGAGAUAUACGCGGAUCCAGGAUUCUUCAGACACACCGCCGUUGCCAAGUUCUUUGGCCUUCAGACGUUGUCCUUAUCAGACUCUAUAGUCUUGCCGUUGAACACUACGCACUAUGCUUUGGAACUCAGCAGUUACCUGGCAAAGGUCGAGUCCAUUGCCUCUACUGUUUCUUUGGAGGUGGACUUCGCGCCUUUGCGCCAAUCUAUCGAGGAGCUGCAGCUUUCAAGCGCAAAGCUGGACAAGGAGAAGGUACAUGCUAAAUGGCACCUGUUGAAGGCACUCAAGAAAUGGAGGAGAAGGCACUCCAAGUGGCGCCUCCGGAGAAAGCUGCGCAAGGCCAUUUGCAAAGUCAGACGCAAGCUCGGAAAGCCAUGCCAUCGGCGCGGCAAGCAGGACGCGGAGUUGGACAUUACCAACUUCGUCCCUUCAUGGAUCUGGAAGGAGGCUGGUGAAGGUACUUGUCAGACCAAUAUUCACAAGCCUGGGAAGCACGACAAGAGGAUCGAACGCGAGCUCAGACAGGCAGCUAAGAGGGUCAAGAGAGCGAACGCCAAGCUGGCUGCUUUCGAGAGAGGUCUCAUCUCCUCGGACGGCAUCAAGGAUCGGGAGUGGUAUAGACAUCUGGGUGUCGCGCCUGGAAAGUGGUUGGGUUACGGUGCGACGACGUUGCCUGCUCUGACGGAGGCGAUCACCAUCGACAGGAACUCGACUUUGGCGCAGAUUGAAGCAAGACGCAUGCAAACGCUGAUCGAAGACCUCGCGAAGGUCAUCCAUCCAUAA